GAUGGUAAUGAUGGUAUCGUGCGUGUCAGUUGUGAGAUGACGGGCGGGUGAUGGCGAAUUUAUUAAUUGUCGCGAUCGCGAUUGUGGUUUUCUGUCAGGAAUAGGCUUGAAAACCGCGAAUGUGUAACACAAAUAAUACAGAACAUUUGAUGUAUGCACGACAGUGUUGGCUAUUGUGUCGAUUUGUGGAAUAAAUAACGAAAAUGUAAAUGAUCAGCAUGUGUCACCAUUCAUCAACAAAUGUUUUAAUGAAAGACUGUUCAGUGGUCAUGUGUGGAAGGUUAUGACUGUCGUUGGGUACGCGAGUAAUUCGGGCAGUGUUUGUGUUGUGAAGUGUUGUUUAGUUUUUCUCUAGUGAAGGCGAUAAAUCUACUCUCAAAAUGGCGGACCUCGAAGCAGUGCUGGCCGACGUCAGCUACUUGAUGGCUAUGGAAAAGUCGAAAUGCACUCCUGCAGCACGAGCUAGUAAAAAAAUAGUUUUACCAGACCCAAGUGUACGGAGUGUUAUGCACAAAUAUAUGGAAAAGAAGAAUGAAGUAAAUUUCGACAAAAUAUUCAAUCAAGUAUUAGGUUAUUUAUUAUUUAAGGAAUUCUGUGAACAGACGUCAGAAGAACCAGUGCCACAUUUAAAGUUUUAUGAAGAGAUUAAAUUAUUUGAAAAACAAGAGUGCCCAGAAGAAAGGCGGCGGAUCGCUAGAGAUAUAUAUGACAAUUUUAUAAUGAAGGAAUUAUUAGCACACUCACAUGAUUAUUCAAAAGAAUGUGUAGCGCAUGUACAAAAAUAUUUAAUGAAGCACGAAGUACCACCGAAUCUAUUUGAGCCAUAUAUUGAAGAAAUCUUUCAACAUUUACGAGGGGAGCCAUUUAAAAGUUUCUUAGAAAGUGACAAAUACACAAGGUUUUGCCAAUGGAAAAACUUAGAAUUAAACAUUCAGCUUACAAUGAAUGACUUUAGCGUACAUCGUAUCAUCGGUCGGGGGGGUUUCGGAGAGGUUUACGGCUGCCGGAAAGCGGACACGGGCAAAAUGUACGCCAUGAAGUGUCUCGAUAAGAAGCGCAUCAAAAUGAAGCAGGGGGAGACGCUCGCCCUCAACGAGCGGAUUAUGCUUUCUCUAGUCAGUACGGGGGUGGACUGCCCCUUCAUCGUCUGCAUGACGUACGCAUUCCACACGCCCGACAAGCUAUGCUUUAUCCUGGAUCUCAUGAACGGCGGCGACUUGCACUACCACCUGUCGCAGCACGGCGUCUUCAACGAGGCGGAGAUGAAGUUCUACGCCGCUGAAGUUAUAUUAGGUUUGGAGCACAUGCACAAACGCCACAUAGUGUACAGAGACCUGAAGCCGGCGAACAUUCUGCUAGACGAGCACGGCCACGUGCGGAUAUCGGAUCUCGGACUUGCCUGCGACUUCUCUAAGAAAAAACCUCAUGCCAGCGUCGGCACCCACGGCUACAUGGCGCCCGAGGUCCUCUCAAAAGGCACCGGCUACGACUCGUCGGCCGACUGGUUCAGCUUCGGCUGCAUGCUGUACAAGCUGCUCAAAGGCCACUCGCCCUUCCGCCAGCACAAGACUAAGGACAAGCACGAAAUUGACAGGAUGACUCUCACAAUGAACGUGGAGCUGCCAGAGUCGUUCAGCCCAAGCCUCAAGUCCUUGCUCGAAGGGCUGUUGCAGCGGGACAUCAACAAGCGGCUCGGGUGCAAGGGAAGGGGCGCGGAUGAGGUAAAGGAGCACAUGUUUUUCGCGGGCAUCGACUGGCAGCAGGUGUACCACCAGAAGUAUACGCCGCCGCUGAUUCCUCCGCGCGGAGAAGUCAACGCGGCCGAUGCCUUCGACAUUGGCAGCUUCGACGAAGAAGACACUAAGGGAAUUAAGCUCACGGAAUCUGACCAAAUGCAGUACAAAGAUUUCCCACUGGUGAUAUCGGAGAGAUGGCAGUCGGAGGUGGCGGAGACGGUGUUCGAGACCAUCAACCAGGAGGCGGACAAGAUGGAGUCCAAGAAGAAGUCAAAGCAGAAGCAGAAGUUUGACGCGGACGAGAAAGAAUCCGACUGCAUACUGCACGGCUACAUAAAAAAGCUCGGCGGCCCGUUCGCCAGCGCCUGGCAGACGCGAUAUGCCAAGCUAUACCCGAACCGCCUAGAACUCCAUCUAGAGAACAGCGCCAAGCCCGAGAUGAUUCUUCUAGACUCCGUCGAGGAUGUAUCCUCCGACUUCGUGUCGGUGAAGGGCGAACAGUGCAUCGUGCUCCGCACUAGGAACGAUACGAAGAUCGUACUUACUAAUACGGACGAGAUCGGUCUGAAGGAGUGGGCGCUGUCGCUGCGCUCGGCGCACAAGUGCUCGGUGGAGCUGCUGGCGUCGAUGGCCAAGAAGGCGGGCAAGAUCUACGGCACCGACGGCGCCAAGGAGGGCGGCGCGGCGCCGCGCACGCCCGCCGGCACGCCGGCCGCCGCCGCCGCCGCCGCCGCCGCCGCCGCCGCCGCCUCGCCCGCGCCGCGCGCGCCCAACGGGAACAACUAG